AUGAGUGAAAUACGAGAGCUCAUAGACGGGAAUUGGACGGUGAAGUUGGGUCAUGUCCAUCGGGAGAGUAUUAAAGCUCUUAUUUUGCAACAGUAUCAUCAAAAAGAAAAAGGUUUACCAACUGAGUUGGCACAAGUGGCAAAUGAAGCUGCUUCUGUCGGUGGCGAUGGUGGUGCCGGAGUGGAGUCGUCGGGGAAGUUGAAACUCUAUUCCUACUGGCGGAGCUCUUGUUCUUGCCGCGUUCGUAUUGGUCUCAAUUUGAAAGGGAUUGAGUACGAGUAUAAAGCGGUGCAUUUGCUCAAAGGAGAACAACGGAGUCCUGAGUAUCUGAAGCUUAAUCCUGUGGGGUUUGUACCUGCUCUUGUUGAUGGUGAUAUUGUGUUGGCUGACUCCUUUGCAAUCUUGAUGUAUUUGGAAGAAAAAUUUCCUGAACGUCCUCUCUUACCCAAGGAUCUUCAAAAAAGGGCCAUUAAUUACCAGGCUGCAAAUAUUGUUGCUUCAGGUAUUCAGCCUUAUCAGAAUAUACCUAUCCUGAAAUUUAUGAAAGAGAAAUUCGGUCCUGAUGAAGAUGUUGCUUGGGCUAGAGAUCAUAUUCGAAGAGGCUUUGCUGCUCUUGAGAAGCUUUUGAAAGAUCAUGCUGGAAAAUAUGCUACCGGAGAUGAAGUUUUCCUGGCUGAUUUAUUUCUGGCCCCCCAAGUUGAUGGUGCUAUUCGGAGAUUCAAUGUUGACAUGAAUGAAUUUCCUACGCUACUGAGGAUUUAUGAGGCAUAUUCAGAGAUACCUGCUUUUCGAGAUGCAAUGCCUGGAAAGCAACCAGACACACCGCCCGAACAUAGAGACUGA